UGAGUAUACCUCGAUCGCGAGGGUGGUGGCUUUUAGGGUGUAAAGUUACCAGGAUCAUGCCCUCUGGCAGUGUACUGUGGCAAGUGUUGUUGACGUGUUGGAUAAGUGUACUGGUGUAGUGUGACGCCGUGUGUAUGCGGUAAUGUGCGGGCAUGCAGAUGCGCCAGCCCCCCAGGUGCUAACCAUGCCCGACCCCCACAUGGCGCUGUUCGGCAUGGUCUGGCUAUUACGCAUGCGCGCAGAAGUGCGACGCUGCGCAAAGUGUCGGCGCGAGGAGGCGAGGUGGCUGCAGGAGAACGCUAAACCUCCUGGGGAACCCCAUGACGCAGCCGCGGCGCCUAUUUUCACUGUGGAGAGAGCUCAGAUGUCUUCGGCACCUCCUCCGCCCCCGCCCGCCCCCAGGACCCCGCGGACGUUUUGUGAGGUUCACGGAUACAGACGGAAAGAAGAUAUCCAAGAGUUUUAUGAACUAACCCUCCUCGAUGACACUAAGUCAAUACAGCAAAAGACUGCCGAAACCAUCCGAAUAGCCAAUAAAUGGGAAGCCAGCGACGGCCCGAUAGCCUACACCAACAAUGACGAUAAAAUGUACCGACUGCCAGAGGGUGCGUUUCUAGAGCUACUUAGACCGGGCACCGAAGUGGCCCUUACAUGUGGAGAGGUGGUACCAGAUCUGAGGGGGUCCAUGCUGCCUCUGACACAAGCCCUGUUGAGUCUGCAGGACCACAGGCCUGUUAGCCCUGAAGAGCUACAACUAGCCCUAACCAACGUACAGAAAACGCGAUACGCGGGAGACGAGGAGGAGCUUCCUCCACCACCUUCGCCCCCUCAGCUCAAAGACGUGUCUGAACAUGACGGUAUCCCGCGGACAGGCUCAGAGAGGAUAUUGAAUGAUCCCACUCUACACAAUCACGUCCACCAGGCGCCCACACAGGUACGUGGCGUAGCCCUAGUGCCGUAG